CGACGCAGCGGUGGAUGACUACUCGGAGUACUCGGUCGUUUCCCAUUUGACUUCUUUCCGGUUUGAGUCGUCGAGGCCGUUUGUCGUAUCGGUUGGCGUCGUCCUCGUCGCGGUAAUCAUGACGUCCAAAGUAUCGCGUGAUACUCUCUAUGAGUGUGUCAAUGCAGCAAUUCAGAACUCCCAAGAUAAGAAGCGAAAAUUCUUGGAAACUGUUGAGCUCCAAAUUGGAUUGAAGAAUUAUGAUCCGCAGAAGGACAAACGUUUCUCUGGCACCGUCAAGCUAAAGAACAUCCCUAGACCAAAAAUGCAAGUUUGCAUUUUGGGAGAUCAACAGCAUUGUGACGAAGCCAAGGCUAACAAUGUUCCGUUCAUGGACGCUGAGGCCCUUAAAAAAUUGAACAAGAACAAGAAACUUGUCAAGAAAUUAGCUAAGAAGUACGACGCUUUCCUGGCCAGCGAAUCUCUGAUCAAACAGAUUCCCAGACUUCUUGGACCCGGUCUCAACAAAGCCGGUAAAUUCCCUGGUCUCUUGUCUCAUCAGGAAUCCAUGAUUGGAAAAAUCGAUGAAGUCAAAGCAACGAUCAAGUUCCAGAUGAAGAAGGUACUGUGCUUGUCUGUGGCUGUUGGACACGUCGAAAUGACGCCAGACGAGUUGGUGCAGAACGUACAUCUGUCGAUCAACUUCCUCGUCUCUCUUUUGAAGAAACACUGGCAAAACGUGCGAUCUUUGCACAUCAAAUCAUCCAUGGGACCGCCACAGAGGCUCUACUAAUUUACUAUUUACACAGUAUUUUACACGAGCCUUUGUUCUGCCUUGAAAAAAAAGAAUAAAAUUGAAAAAAAAUGAAA